AUGGAAUGCUUGUCAAAAUCUCUUCGAAUUGUCCUGCUUCUGUUCUCAUUCCUCAUCGAAGUACAAGCAACGCGCACCGUGUUGUCCCCCUCUUCCUCUCCUCUCUCCCUAGAAAGGGCUCCGUGUCUCCCUGAUCACAAGUCCGACUUGCUUCACUUCCGGCAUGCUUUAAUAUCAGAUGAUUCCUCAUCUGUUUUCUGCCAACUGGAUAUUGUUUGGCUCAAUAGAUCAAAGAUGCUCUCCUGGAUUGCUAACUCGGGUUGUUGCUUGUGGGACGGAGUGACAUGUGAUCCGAUAACAGAGCAUGUGACUCGCCUUGAACUCAGCUGCUUACCUCCGAACCUGACCUGCUACUCUUCCGCAGGGUCUUCAAACAGCAGCGAACCUUCUACCCUUGGUUUACUCAAUCUUCCUUCACCCCAGGAAGCUGAAAGACCAUCGAGGUCAAACGAGCUGCUUCAAAACCUGACCAAGUUGAGAGUCCUUGCUCUCGACGGGUUAAACCAGUCUGGCAGAAAACGUUUAAGUAAUCUCCCUCCGUCCCUGGAAGUCCUCAACCUCUGUUUGUGUAAAUUACAUGGUGCUUUAGCAGAAAACGUUUUCCAUUUGCCUAAGCUAACAUGCCUCAAUUUAUUCGGCAACAAGGAGCUUUCGGGUUACUUACCUGAAUCGACUUUGAAAAGCUCUUUGAAGAUUUUGGACUUGUCCUCCUCAAGGUUCUCUGGAGAGGUACCAGAGUCCAUUGGCGACCUGCAUUCUCUGCAGAUACUUUGGCUGAACCGGUGUAGCUUCACAGGCUCUAUUCCAUCAUUGCACGGUAACCUAACAUGGCUUACCCAUCUGGAACCUUCGUAUAAUGAGUUUAGUGGGCAGGUUCCUCCAACUUUGUCAAAUCUUGAUCAGCUCAGUUUGCUCGAUCUUUCCUUGAAAAAUUUCAUACGAAUACCCGAUGUCUUUGACAAUAAGACACAACUUCUUCUGGAUUUCUCACAUAAUCUCUUCAAGGGUCCUAUUCCUCCAAGCACAAAGAAUCUUUCGAAUCUUGCCCUACUUGAUAUUUCCAACAAUCUCAUUGGCGGGUUUAUACUGUCAUCACCGUUCUCUCUUCCAUCCUUGACAAGCCUGAACCUCAGUAACAAUGGGCUCAGUGGUCACAUCGGUGAGUUCUUUGCCGCAUCCGCAUUAGACCAUGUUGACCUGAGUAGUAAUCAGUUGCGUGGCCCAGUCCCGAGCUCUAUUCUUCAGCUUAGGAACCUCACUUAUCUGAGCAUCUCAGCAAAUAACCCGAUUGGUGUUUUAGACCUACAAGUGCUCUCAAGACUCGAGAGUCUAACUAAUCUCGAUCUUUCGGACAACAUUUUGUUACUGAGCAAAAGCGAAAACACUGAGCAUGUCCUGCCGAGCCUCUUGUCCGUCAGUCUUUCUGGGUGCCUAGUUACGGAAAUCCCUGCAUUCUUGAGAAAUUCAACCAGCAUAGAAUGGAUAGAUCUGUCUAGAAACAGAAUGCACGGUGAUAUUCCAUCAUGGGUGUGGGAUAUUGGGGCCAUGUCAUUGUCUUAUCUCAAUCUCUCCCACAACUUUCUCGCUAGCUUUGAAAAAGUUCAUCGGAGAAAUUUUGUAAUUCUUGACCUGCAUUGGAAUAUGAUCCAAGGGCCGGUUCCGCCUCCAUCACUCCCACAUUCAAUUAUCGUCUUCUCCCUAGCUAGCAAUCAAUUGACUGGCUUUAUCCCUGGUUCUAUUUGUGAAACGAAGGGUCUACAAGUUCUUAACCUCUCUCAUAAUAAUUUCAUAGCCACGAUUUCACAAAGUCUAAAGAACGUCAGCAACAGCCUCUUAGUGUUGGAUAUGCAAGAGAAUGGACUUUCUGGCACAAUUUCCCUAACGUUCAAUAAAGAUGCAGCCCUGAGAAGUCUUCACCUUAAUGGAAAUCAAUUUGAAGGCCCGUUGCCAUGCUCUCUAAUCAAUCGCAAGCAACUCGAAGCGCUGGAUCUCGGGAACAACAAGUUGAAUUACACUUUCCCCGAGUUGAUGGGGACACUUCCCAGCUUGCAAGUUUUGGUCUUGCAAUCGAACGGACUUUGUGGCCCCAUAGGCAGCCUGGGAACUGAAUUUUCGUUCUCAAGGUUGCGCAUUCUUGACCUUUCCGUCGAUGAUUUCAUGGGUCCUUUGCCUGGUGCCUUCUUUGCAAACCUGAAAGCAAUGAUAACAACUGAUCAGGAACGAUCAAAGUGGCGACACAUGGACCAAGGUUACUACAAGGAUUCCAUGAUUGCAACAGCAAAAGGAUGCGACAUGCUGAUUGCUAGAAUCCUAGCAAUCUUGAUGACCACUGAUCUAUCAAGCAACAAGUUCCAGGGAAAAUUCCCUGAUGCGAUUGGAGAGCCACAUCCCUUUGCCUCUCAGGAAACUUUCUGA